AUGGCCACUCCUAUGACCACCAGUCAGGUAACCCCUCCUAUGACCACCAGUCAGGUAACCACUCCUAUGACCACCAGUCAGGUAACCACUCCUAACCACUCCUAUGACCACCAGUCAGGUAACCCCUCCUAUGGCCACCAGUCAGGUAACCACUCCUAUGGCCACCAGUCAGGUAACCACUCCUAUGACCACCAGUCAGGUAACCACUCCUAUGACCACCAGUCAGGUAACCACUCCUAUGACCACCAGUCAGGUAACCACUCCUAUGACCACCAGGCAGGUAACCACUCCUAUGACCACCAGUCAGGUAACCACUCCUAUGGCCACCAGUCAGGUAACCCCUCCUAUGGCCACCAGGCAGGUAACCCUCCUAUGGCCACCAGUCAGUCAGGUAACCACUCCUAUGACCACCAGUCAGGUAACCACUCCUAUGACCACCAGUCAGGUAACCACUCCUAUGGCCACUCCUAUGACCACCAGUCAGGUAACCACCCUCCUAUGGCCACCAGGCAGUCAGGUAACCACUCCUAUGACCACCAGUCAGGUAACCACUCCUAUGGCCACCAGUCAGGUAACCACUCCUAUGACCACCAGUCAGGUAACCACUCCUAUGGCCACUCCUAUGACCACCAGUCAGGUAACCCCUCCUAUGGCCACCAGGCAGGUAACCACUCCUAUGACCACCAGUCAGGUAACCACUCCUAUGACCACCAGUCAGGUAACCACUCCUAUGGCCACCAGUCAGGUAACCACUCCUAUGACCACCAGUCAGGUAACCACUCCUAUGGCCACCAGUCAGGUAACCACUCCUAUGACCACCAGUCAG